CGGUCCUCAGCUCCACCGGAGACGUGGGUGAGACGGGCCGGACAUGGCGGCCGAGGACCCGCGGGCGGAGCUGGACGCGCUGAUCCUGCAGCUGCUCGGGGACCUGGAGGAGCUGGAGGCGAAGCGGGCGGUGCUGAACGGCCGCGUGGAGGAGGGCUGGCUGUCGCUGGCCAAGGCGCGCUACGCCAUGGGUGUCAAGUCGGUGGGUCCCCUGCAGUACGCGUCCCACAUGGAGCCCCAGGUGUGCGUGUGCACCAGCGAGGCCCAGGACGGACUGCAGAAGCUGAGAGUGGUGCAGGCCGGCGCCUGGACCCCGGAGGAGGUGGGGCCCCGCGAGGCAGCAUCCCUGCGCAAGCGCAAGGGUCCCACCAAGACCCCGGAGCCGCAGCCCGAGGCCACCACGCCCCCCCAAGACCCACUCAACUGGUUCGGGAUCCUGGUUCCCCACAGUCUGCGCCAAGCCCAAGCCAGCUUCCGGGACGGCCUGCAGCUGGCGGCAGACAUCGCUACCCUCCAGAUCCGCAUCAGCAAGGGCCAGAGGGAGCUGCGGACACUCCAGCAGAGGCUGCGGCCACUGGAGCCGGGCGCUGCCUGACGCGUGGCCACAGCUGUCCGCGGGCAGCAG